AAUUAAAGACGUUACCGACGAUGAUUUUGCAUUUAGUGCAACGGUAUAGUUUGAAUAAUCAGACGUUCGGCUGCUCGGGUUUGGAAUUGUUUUCGAGGCUAAUUAAGCUUGCUUGUUUCAAAACAUUACAUUAGAUACACCUAAUGUGAACCAAGACAAGAUCUGGAAAACUGUAAAAAGUGUUAUGAGGAGGUUCACGUUUUAUAGUGUCUUUAUUGUCUGAAAAUUGCACUGCAUUAGACAAAAUGUGUUUCUAAUAAUGUGGUUACCUUAUUAGAUACACAAGAAGGGCAGCAUUGUUCCAGCCUAAAACAGUUCAAGAUGUACUUUUUAUAUUUUUGUUUUUCACUCCUCACAAUGAAUGCAUUCAUGAUAAAUGCAAGUGUUCACAAUAGGUCCAUGCACUUUACGGUGUGUGUCAGAAAAUGUACCAGUCCCGAUGUUGCAAAAGAUAUCGCUGGCGUCUGGCGGAAUCCUCGCAUAUCCAAAACCUGACUGACCAUUAGUAUCAAUUUGUGAAAAAAAUAUGAAACUGACUGAAUUGGACAUAGGAGGUUUCUGCCCAAGAGUGAUGAUAUACAUUGAAAUAUUUGCUCCUGAAAUGUUUCUGACACCUCAUAUACUUUUUUUGUAAUUAUUCUCUUUAGUAAUGCAGCACAAUCCUCCUGUUUGGAGGCAACAUACUGACUGUGGAAUCAUAAUAGUCCAACUUUGAAAUGAGUUCCCCAAAAGCCACAUGGAAAUCUUUUGAAGAUUAAGUUCUUUGUAGGCAUGGUCCGGUAUCAGAUUCUGACGGUAUGAUAACCAUGAACAAAAAUACCGUAGAACCCAAAUAAAAGCAUGGUAUACUGUACCUUGAAACCAGAAACCAGCCCUUGCCUAGUUCUGUGGAUUAAGUUGAAUCAAGAAAAUGUUACUUGUUGGUUCAUCUAUUAUUCUUGCACAUCACGCUUCCAUGUCCAUCCUCAGCAGCUGUACCCUGGAUCCAGCUGUGUUGACGACGGCGUCAGUCAUGGAGGAUCAUACGGUUCACCAGACAGAACACAUGACCACCAUCGAGCCCAACGCCGUCAGUCAACAGGUGCACGUGACCACCUUUGCCGACGCGUCCAUGAUGACUGCCGAUGAGGACUCCAGCUCCUCGCCGGACGACGAUCCCUACGAUGACGCAGAUAUUCUGAACUCGGCCGGCCACGACGAGGUCACUGCCCACCUGGCCGCCGCAGGCCCCGUCGGCAUGGCCGCGGCUGCUGCCGUGGCGACGGGCAAAAAAAGGAAGAGGCCCCACAUCUUUGAAUCUAACCCCUCCAUCCGGAAGCGGCAGCAGACUCGUCUCCUCAGAAAGCUGAGGGCCACUCUGGACGAGUACACCACCCGCGUGGGCCAACAGGCCAUCGUGAUGUGCAUGUCGCCAAACAAACCCAACCCGGUCUUCAAGGUCUUUGGUGCUGCUCCAUUGGAGAAUGUGGUGAGAAAGUAUAAGGGCAUGAUGCUGGAGGACCUGGAGAACGCCCUGGCCGAACACGCCCCCGCUGGAGGGGAGCUGGCGUCGGAGCUGCCCCCCCUCACCAUAGACGGCAUCCCCGUCUCAGUGGACAAGAUGACCCAGGCCCAGCUGCGAGCCUUCAUCCCGGAGAUGCUGAAGUACUCGACGGGCCGAGGCAAGCCCGGCUGGGGCAAGGAGAGCUGCAAGCCCCUGUGGUGGCCCGAAGACAUCCCCUGGGCCAACGUUCGCAGCGACGUGCGCUCUGAGGACCAAAAACAGAGGGUGUCCUGGACGCAGGCGCUGAGGACCAUUGUGAAAAACUGCUACAAGCAGCACGGCCGCGAGGAUCUGCUGUACGCUUUCGAGGAGCAGCAGAUCACCACCACGACCACGCAUCACCACCUGGCCACCGCGCAGAGCAUCGCCCACCUGGUGCCCUCGCAGACGGUGGUGCAGACCAUCAACAACCCCGACGGCACCGUGUCGCUCAUCCAGGUCGGGACGGGACACACGGUCGCCACGCUGGCCAACGCCUCGGAACUACCCGGUGUGACGGUGGCGCAGGUUAACUACUCCACGGUGGCGGACGGCGAGGUGGAGCAAAACUGGGCCACCCUCCAAGCCGGCGAAAUGACAAUCCAAACCACGCAGGCCUCCGAGGCCACGCAGGCGGUGGCGUCGCUGGCUGAGGCCGCCGUCGCCGCCAGUCACGAGAUGCAGCCGGGAGCCACCGUCACCAUGGCGCUCAACAGCGAGGCAGCAGCCCAUGCUGUAGCGACGCUGGCCGAGGCCACGCUUCAAGGCGGGGGUCAGAUCGUGCUGGCUGAGACGGCGGCCGCUGUCGGGGCGCUAGCAGGGGUGCAGGACGCCACAGGUCUGGUCCAGAUCCCGGUCAGCAUGUACCAGACGGUGGUGACCAGCCUCGCGCAGGGCAACAGGCCUGUCCAAGUGGCCAUGGCGCCGGUAGCUACGCGCAUCGACAGUACUGUGACGCUGGACGGCCAGGCGGUGGAGGUGGUGACCCUGGAGCAAUGAUCCACCCGGAAGACCAAGUCAUAGUCUACAGUUCCAAACUCUGUAAAAAUAAGUUUUUAAGUCUACGUUUGCAGGCGGGGAUUACACGUGAUGCAGCCAUUGUUUACUUUGUAAAGGUUUUUUUUGUUUGUUUGUUUUGUUUUUGCUUAGGUAUUUAUUUGCUCAUUAAAAAUCACUGAAAAUGAACCAAAAGACUUCCCCAAUACCUGCAUCCCUUUCUGUCAACUCGACUUGAGAAUAAAAUAUUACUUUUGAUCACAUCACCGUACUCAGGAAGUACAUCAGGUUUUUUUUGUUUUGUUUUUUUAAAUGUUGGAAGGCUGUGAUGUUUUUCUUAAAGCCAUUCUAGUGUAUAAAAGUACUCUGAAACAACUUUUCUGCGUGUUUUUGUGAACAUAUUGUUUUUCCCACAACUGUGCCAUCUUCAGUUUCCAUAUUGUCAUUCUAUUUCUUUCACCAUCCGUAUGUAAAUUGGCUUUGUGAGGAUAGACAGUGUACUAUGUUGUACAGAUUGUGUAAUAACUCUUGACAGGGAUUUGUGAUUAUGGACAAGAUGAAUAAAAGUGACUUGACUUUUAA